AUGACAACCAAGGACUUAAAGAAGAAACAUUCAUGCAGACUAAUAGCAGGGACAGAUAUGGACAGUCAGUAUGGAGAUGACUUGCAGCAAGUUGGCAGCUGGCAUACCAGGAGUGUGAGGCAGUGGCUGGAGGACUGGGGAUGUGAGGCGACAGAAUCUUUGACCUUCAAGGAUAUAUCAGAAGAUUUGUCUUGGGAGGAAUGGGAAUGCCUAGACCCAGCUCAGUGGAAAUUGUACUCAGAUGUGAUAUUGGAGAAUUAUAGCAACCUGGUCUCCCUUGGUCUUGUUGUUUCUAAGCCAGGCCUGGUCACAUUUUUGGAACAAAUGCAGGAGAGCCGUGAUGUUUCCCCCAAAAAGUCAAUAUUCACCCCUCCAGCUGUGUCAUCUGCAGACAACCAGGACUUCUUGCAAAGGUCAGGAAGAGAAGAUUUAUUCUUUGAAGCAACACUGAGUACAUGGGACUCAGACAGAAGUAGUCAAUGCAAUGCAAAUUGGAAGACUUCUAUCCACGAGUCAAAUCCUAAUGUACAUCAGAAGACUCAGCUUCCAGAUAGCCAUUAUGAAGGUGGUAAAGUCUUUGACCAGAUGUCAAAUCACAAUAAUCAUCAGGAUUUUCCUAUUGUGAAGCUGAAAACCAAGCAAAGUAAAUAUAUCACAUGUUUAAAGGAAUCUUCAAGCAGCAAUGAAGAAACAAAUAUUGCUGUUGGGGAGAAAGUUUACAAAUAUUUACCAUGCAUGAAAGUCUUCAAUGAAAUACCUAAUCUAAAUACACUUAACAAAAUGGGUCCCAGAAAUGAACAUGAGUGUAAAGACUGUGGUAAAACAGGUCAUAGUUUUUCAGGUGUAAAUCUACAUCAACAAAAUUAUCUUGGACAAAAGGCUGAUAUGUGUAAAGAAGGUGGCAAUGCAUUUAGGAUUACCUCAACCCUUACUAAUCAUCACAGAUUUCACACUGGACACGGGCCUGGUAAAUAUAGAGAAUGUGCUAAAGCUCUUAGUCAGUCUUCAGAUUUCAAUGAAGAUGAGAAAAUUCAUGCAGGAAAGAAAAUUUUCCAAUGUAGUGAAGGUGACAGUGCCUUUACAGAGUCCUGUAAUCUUGCACAAAAUCACAGAAUUCAUAGUGGAGAAAAGCAGUAUGAGUGUAGAGAAUGUGGAAAAGCCUUUAGGUGGUCCUCAACCUUUACUCAUCAUCAGAAAAUUCAUACUGGAGAGAAGCCUUAUGGAUGUACACAAUGUGGGAAAUACUUUAGACACCAGGGAACACUUACUCAACAUCAGAAAAUUCAUACUGGAGAGAAGCCCUAUGAGUGUACACAAUGUGGGAAAGCCUUUAGACACCAGGGAACACUUACUCAACAUCAGAAAAUUCAUACUGGAGAGAAGCCCUAUGAAUGUACACAAUGUGAGAAAGCCUUUAGACACCAGGGAACACUUACUCAACAUCAAAAAAUUCAUACUGGAAAGAAACCUUAUGAAUGUACACAAUGUGAGAAAGCCUUUAGACACCAGGGAACACUUACUCAACAUCAGAAAAUUCACACUGGAGAGAAGCCCUAUGAGUGUACACAAUGUGGGAAAGCCUUUAGACACCAGAAAACACUUACUCAACAUCAGAAAAUUCAUACUGGAGAGAAGCCCUAUCAAUGUACACAAUGUGAGAAAGCCUUUAGACACCAGGGAACACUUACUCAACAUCAGAAAAUUCAUACUGGAGAGAAGCCCUAUCAAUGUACACAGUGUGGGAAAGCCUUUAGACGCCAGGGAACACUUACUCAACAUCAGAAAAUUCAUACUGGAGAGAAGCCCUAUCAAUGUACACAGUGUGGGAAAGCCUUUAGACGCCAGGGAACACUUACUCAACAUCAGAAAAUUCAUACUGGAGAGAAGCCCUAUCAAUGUACACAGUGUGGGAAAGCCUUUAGACACCAGGGAACACUUACUCAACAUCAGAAAAUUCAUACUGGAGAGAAGCCCUAUCAAUGUACACAGUGUGGGAAAGCCUUUAGACGCCAGGGAACACUUACUCAACAUCAGAAAAUUCAUACUGGAGAGAAGCCUUAUGAAUGUACACAGUGUGGGAAAGCCUUUAGAGAGCAGGGAACACUUACUCAACAUCAGAAAAUUCAUACUGGAGAGAAGCCCUAUGAAUGUACACAGUGUGGGAAAGCCUUUAGACACCAGGGAACACUUACUCAACAUCAGAAAAUUCAUACUGGAGAGAAGCCUUAUGAAUGUACACAAUGUGGGAAAGCCUUUAGAUUCCAGGGAACACUUACUCAACAUCAGAAAAUUCAUACUGGAGAGAAGCCCUAUCAAUGUACACAGUGUGGGAAAGCCUUUAGACGCCAGGGAACACUUACUCAACAUCAGAAAAUUCAUACUGGAGAGAAGCCCUAUCAAUGCACACAGUGUGGGAAAGCCUUUAGACACCAGGGAACACUUACUCAACAUCAGAAAAUUCAUACUGGAGAGAAGCCCUAUCAAUGUACACAGUGUGGGAAAGCCUUUAGACACCAAGGAACACUUACUCAACAUCAGAAAAUUCACACUGGAGAGAAGCCCUAUGAAUGUACACAGUGUGGGAAAGCCUUUAGACACCAGGGAACACUUUCUCACCAUCAGAAAAUUCACACUGGAGAGAAGCCCUAUGAAUGUACACAGUGUGGGAAAGCCUUUAGACACCAGAAAACACUUACUCAACAUCAGAAAAUUCAUACUGGAGAGAAGCCCUAUGAAUGUACACAGUGUGGGAAAGCCUUUAGACACCAGGGAACACUUACUCAACAUCAGAAAAUUCACACUGGAGAGAAGCCCUAUGAAUGUACACAAUGUGGGAAAGCCUUUAGACACCAGAAAACACUUUCUCACCAUCAAAAAAUUCACACUGGAGAGAAGCCCUAUGAAUGUACACAAUGUGGGAAAGCCUUUAGACACCUGCAAACUCUUACUAAUCAUCAGAAGACUCAUGGAGAGAAGCCUUAUGAAUGUACACAGUGUGGCAAAGCAUUUACACGCUAUUCAACCCUUAUUCUUCACCAGAGAGGUCAUUCCCAUGAAAAAGUUUAUGUAGGUAAAAUAUGA